AUGAACACUCAUAAUAACAAUGAUCAUUUGAAUAAUAUAUAUUUAGAAUUUAGCUUAUUGAAUAAUUUUUUAAAAGAAUUAAAAGAGAAUAUUAAAAAAAGUAAUAAUGAAAAGUAUACAAAUAUAUAUGAUGGUUGUGUAGAAUAUAUAUAUACUCUACAUAAUAAAUAUACCGCAUGGAAUUAUAAUACUGAAAAAAUUGAUGAAAAAUAUAUAGAAUAUUUUGUUCAAAGUAUAAUAUUAAAUAUAAAGAAUUUCUUAAGAAAUCAGUUUUGCUUAAUAGAUGAAGAUAUAGAAUGUUUAAAGAAUAAAAAUAAGAAAUUAAUGGAAAAGUUAAAAUCAGGUGUUGAGAAUGCUGAAACUCAAGAAAACUACAUUUAUGAAUUGGAAAAGAAAUUAAUUUUUGAAAAAGAGAAAAAUAAAAGUUCAUAUAAUUUACAUGAAAAAAUUAAUAAUCUAUUAAAAUUAAAUGAACAACUUACAAAUAAAAAUGAACAGUUAGAAUGUUCAUCAUUCAAACAUAAACAAGAAAAUGAUAAGAUGAAAAUAGAAUUAAAGAAAUUCUGGGCUCUAAAGGAAAAAAAGAAAAAAUAUGAACAAAACAAAUUUUCGUAUUAUAUGCUAAAUAAAAAAAUGAGUACUUUAUUAAAAAAAAUCAAUAAUCAUAUACCCACUCAUCAAAAUAAUUAUAUAAAUGAAAAGAAUAGAAGUUAUAGUUAUAACUUUGUCCAUACCUUAAAGAAAUAUAUUAUCCUAAGGGAUUCACACUAUUUGAGCGAAUUUAAUAUAAAUACGUAUACUAAUAAUGAUAAGAAAGGUAUAAAUAAUAAUAUUGAUGAUAAUAAUAAAAUGUAUGAUGGUAAUGAAAAAUAUGAUGAUAAUAAUAAAAUGUAUGAUGGUAAAGAAAAAUAUGAUGAUAAUAAUAAAAUGUAUGAUGGUAAAGAAAAAUAUGAUGAUAAUAAUAAAAUGUAUGAUAGUAAAGAAAAAUAUGAUGAUAAUAAUAAAAUGUAUGAUGGUAAAGAAAAAUAUGAUAAUGAUGAUGAUAAUAAAAAGUGUGAUGCUUAUUAUCAUUAUUAUAAUAACAAAAAUUAUAAUGGUGAUAAUAAUAAAUAUUGUUGUGAUAAUAAGGAUACUAAUUUUAAGCAUUUAGAUUCUUCCAUUAAUCCUAAUAAUACAAAAUAUAUUUGUUAUGAAAAUUCGGAAUAUAUUAAAAAUGAUGAUAUAUGUCAAGGUAAUAAUGAUACUUUAAAUUAUCAUAAUAAGAAUAUUAAUAAAAAACAUACACAAUAUGUUAAGCCAGAAAAUAGUUCAUCUUCUAAUAAUAGUAAUGAUAUAUAUAAUAUAAACAAGAGAGAUAAAUUAUCGAUACAUAAAACUAAACAUAUACAAACAUAUGAAACUGUACCAAGAAUAAAUCAUUUUGAUACAUAUAUUAAUGAGGGGGAUGAUGAAGAAGAACAUAAUAACAAUGAUGAGGAUGGAAAAAAAGAUAAACUAUAUAAUUUCACAAAUAAUCUAAGUAUGUAUAAAAUGUAUAACAAUAGUGAAAUAACAUGCACAGAAGAAAGUGAUAAUCUAUAUAAAAAUAUUGAAUAUAUUAAUAAAAAGAAAACAUUUUAUACUAAUGAUAAUAAUAAGGAUCCAUACCUUAUAAAUAAUAUAAAACUAAAAAAUAGUAACACAUUAAAUGAAGCUUAUUUUUCGAGGAGAAUCUUAUAUAGUACGACUUUACUAAUGGAUAUUAGAAAAACACUAAGAUAUAAUCGAAAAUUUUUAAAGAAUUCUAUAUUAUGUAAGAGAACAAAGAAGAUAAAAAGAAAAAAGGAGAAAUUAAAAACAUUAACGAAGUUGCACCAAAAAAAUGAUAUGAUUAAUGAUUAUCAUCAUAGUAAUGAUGAAAUGCAUGCCAUAAAGAAUAUGCUAAUAGAAGAUUACAGAGGAACUAUAAUUAAAUUUUAUGAGUGCAUAAAAAAAGACAUUAGAAUAAUUAUUGAAAGUAACUAUAAUUUGAAUCUAGAUCUUCUUUCACAACAUUCACAAAAUAUUAUAAGGGAAAUACAUGAGGAAAAAAAUAUAUUACGAAAAAAAAAAAUUGACAAAAUAACAAGAAAAUAUUUGCGUCAAAUCGAUUCGUACCGGCUAUGUGAAAAGGACUUUUAUCACAAUAUAGGAAAUGAAGAAAAUAAAAAUGAAAAACAUUUAUAUUUAAAUUACCAUAAAUAUGAUUCACUUGAUCUUCGUAAGAUACUAAAAAAUAAUUAUCAACAAAAUACAUAUGAUGAAUCUGAAGAACCGUUUUCUUUUAAUUUUUAUGAACAUGGUAAUAUAAAAAUUAUUGAUAGAUUAAAAGAAUUAAAAAGUAAUAUCUCAUUUUUUAAAUUUUACGAUUUAAUAGAUUUUCCCACGAGAAUAUAA